UCCUCUGCCAUCGAGAUGGUGGCGUCACGCACGAAGCUGCCAGAAAACGUGCAGCUGGGGCGGCUGUGCCCCAAACGUCCGCACGGCUCCUCCACGGGGCUCCGUCCGUCAGGCCUGACCGUCCCCAGCGCCGGCCAUGCGGUGCCAGCAGCCCCGGCCCGCUCUCCAUGGCUCCACGACACCCUCUCCGCCGCCCUGCCCGCCCCUCGCGAUCCCUCUUUCCGCCCUCGCCUUCGCGUUUCCUGUCUGGGCGGAGGAGGUUUGGCCCUGCGACGCCGCCGUCUCCCAGCGGCUGUAGCGAGCGUCAUGGCGGCGGCUCUCUCAAUGUCAGCGGCUCUGAGGCACCUUGUGGCGAGGAGUGGGGCCGCCGCGGCCCGCCUGUCGCCGGCCAGAGAGACCUCCAUGGACUUAAGGUUCAAAUUUCCUAGUCCAGUCCAUAUGCCAGCUUUCAACCACUUUUCAAAUAGGGAGUUCUUAAGGUCACUGAGCACUUCCACAUGGCGGCUGGCACAGGACCAAACUCGAGACACGCAACUCAUCACAGUUGAUGAAAAGUUGGAUAUCACUGCUUUAACUGGUGUUCCAGAUGAGCACAUCAAAACCAGAAAAGUUCAUAUUUUUGUUCCAGCACGUAAUGCGAUGCAGGCAGGAGUUAACAAUACAAAGAAAUGGAAGAUGGAAUUUGAUAACAGGGAGCGCUGGGAGAACCCUUUGAUGGGCUGGGCAUCUACAGCUGAUCCUUUAUCCAACAUGGUUCUUACUUUCUCUACUAAAGAAGAUGCCAUUGCCUUUGCUGAAAAAAAUGGCUGGAGCUAUGAUGUUGAAGAGAAGAAGAUUCCAAAACCUAAAUCCAAGUCGUAUGGUGCAAACUUUUCUUGGAACAAGAGAACAAGAGUGUCUACAAAAUAGGUUGACAUUGGCUGUCUGACUGUGAAUAAAGUCAGCUGUGCUAUAUUUAUAGUCCAUGUAUAAUACAUCUCUUAAUCUCCUAAUAAAUUUGACCUUUAAACUACA